UCAAGUAUCAAAGAAUAUUUGGUUUAGAGUGGUAUAAUGAUUCUCUGAGUACUGCAAAUUUCAUAGAGACCACAGUUGGAUUCCAGUUAUAUUCUACAAUCAAAGUGAUUCAGUUCUUUGAUAAAGUUAAUUUUGAAGAAUUUUAUGUUUGUAAACAACGCCAAAAGAUGGGAGAAAAAAAUGGUGAUGCAAAAACUUUCUGGAUGGAGCUAGAAGAUGAUGGGAAAGUGGAUUUCAUAUUUGAACAAGUGCAAAAUGUGCUGCAGUCACUGAAACAAAAGAUCAAAGAUGGAUCUGCCACAAAUAAAGAAUACAUCCAAGCAAUGAUUCUAGUGAAGGAAGCAACUAUAAAUAAUAAUUCAGCUUUGAUAAAGGAUCAUACGUCUGUGACCCAGAAUGCACAGGAAAACAAAUCAAGUUCAUUGCCCUCUACAUCACAUGAAGACUCCUUUCCAGAAGACUAUACCUCUCUAUCUACAGAAAAUAAGGAAAUUCCCCCUCUGGAAAAUAAAGUUGCAGACUUAAGAGAAAAAGAAUCAUCUUCAAAUUUAUCUUACCAAAAGCAUGACUGCUCUGGUGCCUGUCUGAUGAAAAUGCCACUUACCUUCAAGGGAGAAAACCCUCUGCAGCUACCAAUCAAAUGCCACUUCCAAAGACGACAUGCGAAGACAAACUCUCAUUCUUCAGCACUCCACGUGAGUUAUAAAACCCCUUGUGGAAGGAGUCUACGAAACGUGGAGGAAGUUUUUCGUUACCUGCUUGAGACAGAGUGUAACUUUCUAUUUACAGAUAACUUUUCUUUCAAUACCUAUGUUCAGUUGACUCGGAAUUACCCAAAGCAAGAAGAAAUUGUUUCUGAUAUGGAUAUUAGCAAUGGAGUGGAAUCGGUGCCCAUUUCUUUCUGUAAUGAAAUUGACAAUAGAAAGCUUCCACAGUUUAAGUACAGAAAGACUAUGUGUCCACGAGCAUAUUAUUUAAACAGCUUUUCCAACAUGUUUACUGAUUCAUGUGACUGUUCUGAGGGCUGCAUAGACAUAACAAAAUGUGCAUGUCUUCAACUGACAGCAAGGAAUGCCAAGACUUGCCCCUUGUCAAGUAGUAAAAUAACCACUGGAUAUAAAUAUAAAAGACUACAGAGACAGAUACCUACUGGCAUUUAUGAAUGCAGCCUGUUGUGCAAAUGUAAUCGACGAAUGUGUCAAAACCGAGUUGUCCAACAUGGACCUCAAGUGAGGCUACAAGUAUUCAAAACUGAGAAGAAGGGAUGGGGAGUACGCUGCCUAGAUGACAUUGACAGAGGGACGUUUGUUUGCAUUUAUUCAGGAAGAUUACUAAGCAGAUCUAACACUGAGAAACCUGAUGCUAUUGAUGAAAAUGGAAAAGAAGAGAAUAUUAUGAAAAAUAUGUUUUCAAAAAAGAGGAAAAUAGAAGUCACAGAUUGUGAGGUUGAAGUUAUCCCAUUAGAACUGGGGACGUAUCCUAGAAGUGCUGUGACUGAGGAGUGUCCACCUAAGCUCCAUAAUAAUCCCAAAGAGCCUAUUAUAGAAAUGAAAUGUAACAGUAUUUCAAGAAUUCAGUAUCAUUCAGUCAUUAGAAGUCCUAAAACCAAGACGGCCAGUAUUCAACACAACGGGAAAAAGAUGGGAUUUACUUCCUCAGAGUCUGUCACCUCAGAAGAUAAUGGUGGAUUUAAACCAACUCAAGUACAUCUGAACUCUAAAGCCAAGGAAAUGAGAGGUGUCUUUCAGGUUGCAGAAAAGUUGCAAAAAAGGAUAUGCGCGCUUUGCCCCAAAGACCUCGAGUGUAGUGUCCUGUACUUUGCACAGUCAGAGAAUAUAGCUGCUCAUGAAAACUGUUUGCUGUAUUCCUCAGCACUUGUGGAAUGUGAGGAUCAUGAUCCGCUUAAUCGUGAUAGAAAUUUUGAUGUGGAAUCAGUAAAGAAAGAAAUCAAGAGAGGAAGGAAGUUGAAAUGCACAUAUUGUGGGAAAGCAGGAGCCACCGUGGGAUGUGAUUUAAAAUCCUGUCUCAAGAAUUACCACUUUUUCUGUGCCAAGAAUGACCACGCAGUUCUACAAGCUGAUGGAUCUGAAGGAACUUACAAAGUAUUGUGCCAACAACAUGCUGACCCUCAAAAUGACCUACUCUCAGUGAAGCCUUUGUCUGGUGUCUUCCAUCCUCACUUCAGUCAGCAAACCGAACCGAAACCCGGAGUGAAAAGAAAAAGGGGAAGGAAAAAACGUCUCUCAGCAGGCAAUCCUGUACAGCCACCGGAAAGAAUGGCACUGGAUAGGAAGGAAAAGGAUGGCAGACACACAGAUGCAAUUGUGAAAAUUGCUUUUCUUAAGAAAUGUAAAGAAGCGGGUCUUCUUAAUGCUUUAUUUGAAGAAAUAUUAGACAAACUUCAUUUGAUUCAGGAAAGACUCAUGGAUGAGACCACUUCAGAAUCAGACUAUGAAGAAAUUGGGACUUCACUUUUUGACUGUAGAUUGUUUGAAGAUGCAUUUGUAAAUUUUCAAGCAGCAAUAGAGAAUAAAAUUCAUCAAUCGGAAGAAAGGCAGCGGCAGCUGAAGGAAGAGACUGAGCUACUUCAGGACUUAAAACAAACCUUGUGCUCUGAGCUUCAGUCAAGUUCUACUUCAGAUUCUUCUGUGUCUUCUUAAGAAUGACCAUUUCCUAAGCCAGGAAUCAAGCACAGUUGCAAACAGGCUGAAAGCUGGAGACGGGCCUGUGAAAGCCACACAUCUUUAGCACUAGGCCCCUCGUGUCUCUCUGGCCCUCAAACUUUGAUCCUCACCAGCCCUUACCUGUUCUUGCUGAUUUGGCAUCUUAUGCCUUUUUACUGCCUCCUCUUCCUCAUCAUCAUCUCACUUCUACCCCUCCCCCCCAAUAAAAUAUUUCUGAUUCUACUUGAGUAAAUUGGACCAUGCCUCCCAUCGCUCUAAAAAUCCUUUGGUGGAUUUUCAGAUUUUUAGAUCCCGCCUCCCCCACCCCCACUACAGUGAGCUAAGUGGAUUCCAGGUGCUCCUGCCCCCAGGGCCUUUGCACAUCCUGCUGUGAAGUCUUCACUGCUCCUCCUGCGGAUGUCCUCAUACCUAUUCCAUCUGAGAGUACUUUCUCUUCAUAUCCCUUCUCGGUGUAAGCCACUCUAUCAUACAUCAAACCACUGGAGUAUAAGCAGUCUGAGGGCAGAAGCUCACUAUUCCUGUGUUUUCCUCCCUGUCACAUUCCCAGCAGCUAGCGUGCUCAAUAAAUGUUGAAAAAAUGCAUAAACUGUUUUUAUCUUUUGAGACUAGUUCCAGCCCGUAAUGCUUCUUUGAUAAAAUAAAUCUGAAUGUUAU